AUGUUGAAUCCAGUGUUUUCUACAGCUCACAUGCGCGAGAUGGGUCCGUGGGUUUCUCUUCCAAGAAUCUUGGUUUCGAAUAAAGUUAAUUUCCAGUACCCACUUUCUACAACGUGGUUUACAGAGUGGCUUCGAGCCUCGAUAGCUCAGAAAGUUACAGACGUUCCUCAGGAGGUAAACUGCUCUUCCAAAGUCACUACCCACACACCUCAAAGUAUCGCUCUUAUUCAGAUUGAUGUUCUUUCGUGGAUGACUCGAACGGCGAUGGAAUUAAUUGGACAAGGUGGAUUUGGUUACUCGUUCGAUUCUCUCGCGGAAGGCGCAACACCGCAUCCAUAUGCCGUCUCAAUCAAAGGAAUGGCUCCUGCCCUCUUGAAGAUUGCAAUUGCUCGCUCGUAUCUGGUCGGCACCGCAGUCAAAAUUGGUACUCCUAGAUUCCGCCGCCUUGUGGUCGACUUGUUACCGUGGAAGAACCUACACGACCUACGUGAUAUCGUCGAUACCAUGCACAAAGUAUCCGUGGAAAUAUAUGAGUCCAAGAAGCGGGCGUUGUUGAAUGGGGAUGACGCAGUUAUGAAACAGAUGGAAAUGGGAAAGGACAUCUUGAGUAUCUUAAUGAGGGCCAAUAUGGAUGCGUCGGAAGAAGAUAAACUAGAUGAGUCUGAACUCAUCGCGCAAAUAUCAGGUUUGACAUUUGCUGCCGUGGACACCACGUCGGGCGCGAUUUCUCGGAUCCUUCAUCUAUUAGCGCAGCAUCUGCAUGUCCAGGAGAAGCUUCGUCGUGAGGUCACCGACGCCCGCUCUAAGCAUGGGGACCUUUCCUACGACGAAUUGGUCUCACUUCCAUACCUCGAUGCAAUUUGCAGAGAAACUCUUCGCCUUUAUCCCCCAGUCUCGUAUGCCUCUAGAACGGCCCGUGAGGAUAUCGUCAUGCCCCUUUCUAAACCUAUAAAAGGCCUCAACGGGAAAGAAAUUUACGAAAUCCCAAUCCUGAACAAUACCAACGUCAUCAUUUCGAUUCUCGCAGCUAAUCGUAAUCCAGAAAUAUGGGGCUCUGACUGCCUUGAAUGGAUUCCGGAGAGAUGGCUUACUCCUCUUCCUUCAUCCGUCACUGAUGCGCACAUCCCGGGGAUUUAUUCACACUUAAUGACUUUUUUGGCUGGGGGAAGGGCUUGCCUGGGAUUUAAAUUUUCUCAGCUCGAGAUGAAAAUAGUUCUUUCGCUUUUGGUUGAAUCUUUCCGACUUGCCCCCUCCGACAAGGAGAUAUUUUGGCAGAUGACCAGUCUUACAACCCCAACUGUGGUUGGCGAAGGUGGUAGAACUCAGCUUCCACUCAAAGUCAGCAAGGUAUGA